AUGAAUAUUUCUAGCACAAUUGCAAUGAUAUCUAUAAAUGUGGGUGUCUUCGGAUUGCUUUCUCUCUGGGAUGUCAAUCUGGAUCCGAUAUCGAUGUGUACAACUUUGAUGAGUAUAGGCUUUUCUGUCGAUUUCACGGGUACCCUCUACUCCACAUCGAACUUCAGGUCGAUCGGUUGGCCGAUGAUACAAGCAGGUUGUUCAACAAUACUCUGCAUUUCUGCACUCUUGCUUAUCGACUCCUACAUGGUGUAUGUGUUCACAAAAACCAUUUACCUUGUCAUCAUUCUUGGUCUUCUGCAUGGAAUUGUUUUUCUUCCAGCGUUAUUGCUGACGGUAAUUCUCGAAAAACUUUAG